GUCAAAUGCACAGUCAAACCGAUUGAACUAUCUUCCCCAACUCGCAGUUCUUGUUUUCCAGUAUGAAGUUCGUUAUCCUCGCUGCUUUGUUGGCUGUAUCUGCCGCGUCCUAUAAUAAUAAUAAAGCGCCAGUUAACUUUGGUUCAUUGACUUACUCCGACUCAGCCAACUCUGCACCCAAUUAUCUCACACCAGUUAACUCGGUUAACACCGAAACGGUUUAUUCCACGCCGAUUACCCCCGUCCUAACUUAUUCUGAGGUUGAUAACGUUUCACCUAUCUCUGAACCAGCAGCCUACGAAACUGCUGAAGCCGAUGCAUAUGAAGAAGAAGAACACGAAGAAGAGGACGAAGAGGAUGACGAAGAGGAUACUGAGACCAAAAGUGAAUCAGAAUCUACCGAUGGCCAAAACAAUGAGGAUUCCGGCGAUGAAAAUGUAAAUGCUACUUCGGCCGUUGGUGCUGAAUAUGAGCAUGAGCACACAUCUGCCAGCACUCACGUUAUUACCUCGGCUUACAAGGAGCCCGAGUACAGCACAACGUCCAUCCCCGUCGUGGUUGUCUCUACUCCGGCCUACCAAACUCCAUCUACCACCGCCGUUCCGGUUUACGAAGCAAAAGAUAAAUUCUUGCCUUAUUGGCUGCGCCAGCGUAAUUACUAGAGUUCAUUUUAACGAAGAAAAAGUCUACACAUCUUUUUUCAUUUGAACGCUAAAUUUCCUACGGCCAUACUAAUCUUGUGCUACUUAUUGUAAUUGUAAUAUUCCUACUAUAUAAAAGAGAUAUCAGUUUUGCUAACAAUGAAGAAUUUUAUCCA